CCCUCUUUCUCACACUUUAUCAUAUUGAAAUCAUAAAAAAAGUACCUAGUUUUUGGUGAACUCAUUCAAUAUCUGUACGUAAUGUCUUUCUUUAAGCUUCAAAUUGUUUUUUUUUGUGUUACUGACACACACACCUCACAGAGAUCUUCACUUUUCAUUCUUCCAGCUUGAUUUGAAAAUGAGGUUUAUUUGAAGGGUUUUCAAGAGAUUUCUGUGGAAGGAGAAGAAAGAGACUUGUUUUCUAUAGAGAAAAAUUGGUAUUUCCCCCAUCUUUUCUAUUGCGAAAAGCCAUGGGGGAUUUCUGUCAUUUUGGAAAGUUAUUCAUCUCUAGAGUGUAGAGGUUAUUCAUAUGUAGUUUUUGAAAAUUGUUUCACCAUUUGAUUUCUAUUUAUUAGAUUUCAGUGUAGGUUGACUCCAACUGUUGUAUUGUGAUUUCUGUUUGUAUUGUUUUCGAAGUUGAUUUCAAAUGAGACCCUAAUUUUAAGGCACUUAGUCAUAUAUAAGGUUUCGAAUUUGGUUUCGGAUACUUCAAUAUGGCAGAGAAUGGAAAAGAAACAAGGUCAUUGGCCUUGACUCCUACCUGGUCUGUUGCCACUGUGUUGACCAUCUUUGUUGCUGUUUCUUUGCUUGUGGAGCGCUCGAUUAACCGUUUGAGCAAUUGGCUGCGGAAAACUAAUAGAAAACCUUUGCUUGAAGCUUUGGAGAAGAUGAAAGAAGAGUUGAUGUUGCUCGGAUUUAUAUCUCUCCUACUUACUGCUACCUCUGGCAUGAUAGCCAAUAUUUGCAUUCCAUCAAAGUUCUAUAAUAGUGCUUUUGCUCCAUGCACUAGAUCCGAUAUCGAUAAAGAAAUCGAAGAGAAUGGAUCCGAAGGACGUAAAUUGUUGACGGCGUCUUCUUUCCCUCGCUUAAUUAGAAGGAUGUUGAAUGGAAUCAACAGAAGCUCCUGCAAAGAGGGUUAUGAACCAUUUGUUUCGUAUGAAGGUCUAGAACAGUUGCAUCGGUUCAUUUUUGUCAUGGCGAUAACACAUGUAUCUUACAGUUGCCUAACAAUGUUAUUGGCCAUUGUGAAGAUUCACAGCUGGAGAGUGUGGGAGGAUGAGGCUCACAUGGAUCGGCGCAAUUAUUUAGCUGAUAUUACUAGGCAGCUGACUAUGCGAAGGCAAUCGACCUUUGUCAAGCCUCAUACAUCAAACCCAUUAGCUAUUUGGAUGACAUGCUUUUAUCGACAAUUUGGGCGAUCUGUGGUUCGUGCUGACUACCUUACCCUUCGCAAAGGCUUCAUCAUGAAUCACAACCUUUCAUCAAAAUAUGAUUUUCACAGCUACAUGGUUCGAUCUAUGGAAGAAGAAUUCCAAAAGAUAGUUGGUGUGAGUGGCCCACUCUGGGGAUUUGUUGUCGGUUUCAUGCUUUUCAACAUUAAAGGAUCUAAUCUAUACUUCUGGAUAGCUAUCAUUCCUAUAUCUCUUGUUCUCUUGGUGGGAACAAAGCUACAGCAAGUUAUUGCAACAUUAGCACUGGAGAAUGCUGGAAUUGCUGGUUUCUUCUCAGAAGCUAAGUUGAGGCCUCGCGAUGAACUUUUCUGGUUUAAAAAGCCUGAACUAUUACUUUCCAUAAUCCAUUUCAUUCUCUUCCAGAAUGCAUUUGAAUUGGCUUCAUUCUUUUGGUUCUGGUGGCAGUUUGGAUAUAACUCCUGCUUUAUUAGGAAUCACCUCCUUGUUUAUUUAAGGCUAAUCUUGGGAUUUGCCGGACAGUUUCUUUGCAGCUACAGCACCUUGCCACUUUACGCACUCGUUACACAGAUGGGAACAAAUUAUAAGGCAGCAUUAAUUCCACAGAGAAUAAGGGAAACCAUUCAUGGAUGGGGUAAAGCAGCUAGGAAGAAGAGAAGACAUGGUAUGUUCCCUGACGACUCCACCUUUCAUACGGACACGAGCACUGUAUUGUCUAUUGAAGAAGACGAUCAUCGAAUAAUCGACGAUUCCCUUCAAGACAUUGCCACUGGCGUUGAAGUAGAAUUACAACCAGUAACAGCUGUUACGGCCACCCCUUCCCCUAUUGCUAACGAAACUUCAAGUAGGGGUAUUACGCCCCUCCUUCGACCCUCAGCUUCAGUAUCUUCAUCAGUACCAUUCAGUGCUAGACAAGAACCAGUUUCAAGAUCCUCCUCUAUGCCAAAUGGAAGAUAAUUACGAGGAAUAACAGAAUCGAAUCAUGAUGCAAAUGAAAAGACAUGUAAGGUAACAAUGCUUUAUUGGGAGAAACAAAUGGUGUACAUGUAUAUUAGCAGUCAAAUUAAAUAGGGAACCAGCAUAUACGUACGUGACUUAUAUAAGUUACUUAAUGUUUUUAUGCAUAAAUAUGUUUAAAAUAAGUGUCCAAAGCCUACACACUUCUCUAAUCCUCCUUAGCUACCGAUUUUUCUGUUAAUAAAACUGUGGUGAGUGUCUUUGAAUUUGA